AUGGCAGCACGACAGCUGCCAGGGCAACCACCAACAGGCGCAGUACCACCAGCUGUUAUGGAAGAGUACCUUAAACUCACAAAGAAGCAACAAGAGAGAAGGGACAGCUUCGAACUAAGAGCCGCAGAUGUCAGAAGAAAUUUUCAAGAGAUAGAUGCGCAUGAACAGCAACAAUUCUGGAUGAGCUACUCUCAGGUCAAUCAGGUCAAUCAGGUCAAUCAGGUUAGGAGUGGUCCAAAUAGACGCCCUGUACCUCUCCAUCAAGCAGGUGCAAACAUGCCGUCCAGGCCGCAUCCUCCCAACCAAAGAAGGCCAGCCGCCCAGCAGAAAGCAACACCUGCGCCAGUUCGACCGAAGUUGCCAGCAAACGCGCCAAAGAGGGCUCCUACAGCACCUCGCGCAAUUACAGGUCAGGGCGCAGCUCAUAUUCAGGGUAAACCUGCUACCAAGGCGCAGCCUAGACCUGUGCCAAAGCCGCACUACAAUGGCCCUAAGCAGCAAAAACCCGAGGUCAUUGAUCUCUGCUCAGACGAGGAUAUCGAGCCGCAGCCACGAUCCAUGAUUCAGAACAAUACAGCUGGACCAUCUUGUCGACAGGUAGCGUUUAUUCCGCCGCUCCCCAGUGGAGCAUUAUCGUUCUUCGGAAACAACGACAAGAUAUUCCGACCAGGUAUCAAAGAUGAAGAAGAUCGGAACAGUCAGCCGAUUCAUACGAGCUCAGGUGCGCCAGGCCCAGUGAACGUCCCCAACGGUCUAUCUGCACCCAUUCAAUUCAAAGUCCCUCAAGUUCCGAGUGGCGCUGCCUCUACCUCAGAACGCAUGAGGCGCGAAGGCACUGUCACAUCCCAAGCCUUAUGCCAGACUAUGCCCCCAAACCCAAUUGUGGGCGCAGACAACACGCGCCACGAUCGAUUCUCAUUACCAACACCACCACAAUCGCAAGUUCCGCCAACCCGUAAAAGGAAGGUCCAGCCCAACGUCAGCGAUGAUAGUGAUAAUAUUUCAGAGUGGGAGCCAUCUUCAGGCGACGAUGUUCCUUUAAUCCAGCGGCAACAGAAGCCAGCCCUCAAGAAAGCAAAGCCUACUCAUUGCUCAGGAAUUGCUAGGCCUCCAUCUGGAGUUCCUAAGAUGGGCUUCAAACCCAUGAAGCCUCUCAUGCGGAAUCGAGCACAACCAAACAGCAAGCCUGCAAUAUCCUCUGCACCAGCAAUAUCCUAUACACCAGCUGCCUCAACUAGCUCAAGAAUCGUUGAGCGAGCGCUUCGUUCCGAGUCGCCCUCCGUACGAGCAGCCGUGCGUUCAUCCGCCCGCCGUGCAAAGCAGAAAGCUUCCGCUGCACUCGAUAAGCACUUUCAGAGAGAGCUCGAGUUCCACAAUGAAGAGGACAUCCGCGAAGCCGAUGAGCGCGAGCAUCGUCUCAAGAGCACCUUUCCCACGAGCACAGAGCCAGAGCUUCGACUUAGACUAGGACGCAUGAGCAUCACCUCCGCACCUUCUGUCCGCCCAUCUAUCGGUCCUGUGAACACUAGCGACGUGAAAGAUGCUGUUGACGAUGCUAUUCAAAGCAGGGAUAGAGGCAGUGCCUACGGUUUAUCCCAAUGGACACAGGAUAGAUUGCGGGGUGAUAGAUAUCUUAUACAGAGCCAGGCGAGCUCGUCCCAAGGACGUGGUGAUGAGGAGAGCGAAAGCGAGCUGGACGUAUCCGCGUUCCAAUAUGUUAAUGGAAGGAUUGUAGACCGAGUUGAGGAAAUGGACAUGACGGAGGACACUUGA